CCGGAUCAAAAUUCCUUUUCUAUUCUUGAGAGAAUUGGCCAACUGGGUGGGUUCCACUGGCUAAAGCAAAACUGUCCAUGUUCGAGAUUCCACUAAAUGGCCGUGAUUGACCAUCUGAUUUUCACCUAACGGAUGAAAAUAACUUUCCAUUUUCUCGUUAGACAUCACUGAAUCAUUUCCCUCUCCCUUUCAUUGUUGGACAUGAAAAAGCAAGACAUCAACGUCAAGUUUCAGCCAAUAGUCUCGCACCACGUGUUUCCCGUAAAUCCAUCUUUAGGAACUCUACUUCCUUAACCUCAUACACGUCACCACACCCUAUCAUUUCCCCUUCCCUCCUCCUCACCGGCGAGAAUUGUACCUCCUCGUCACUGUACCGGAACAAAGAAACGUAAAUUGCAAAUAAAUAAUAACCGGAUGAAAAUUUCCGUUUCCUGACUCGGGCUCCGUUCAGUCACGCCCUUGUGUUCAGACCGACUCAGUCCUUGUUUUUCCUUCUUAUAAGAAAAGAAAGAAGAGAGUGAGGAAUAGAGAAGGUGAUGAGAGGCAGUUUAGCAAUUAACCGUCGAACGGUUUUCAAGUUACGUCAAAUUGGGAUCGCGACACUUGGAUCGGUGAAGAUCAAGAUCCUUCUUUGCGGUUGCGUCGCGUUAACUCUACUCGCGGUAGCGAACCGAAACCGCGACGGUUCUUCUUCCUUGUGGGGAUGGACCAGUGACGUUGCGUCGCUCGACCGCUCUUCUUCUCCACGGGGAAGAUAUGCAAUUGUAAUGAAUACUUGGAAAAGAUAUGAUCUCUUGAAGAAGUCCAUUUCGCACUAUGCGUCAUGUCCUAGGCUUGAUUCUAUCCAUAUCAUAUGGAGUGAGCCUAAUUCUCCAUCAGAUCCUCUUAAAAGAUUCCUUAACCAUGUUAUAUUCUUGAACUCUAGAAAUGGUCGCCAAGUUGAGUUGAUAUUUGAUAUCAAUAAGGAAGAUAGCUUGAACAACAGAUUUAAAGAAAUUAAGGAUUUGGAGACAGAUGCUGUUUUUUCAAUUGAUGAUGAUGUUAUAUUUCCCUGCUCUUCGAUAGAAUUUGCUUUCACUGUUUGGCAAAGUGCCCCAGAUACAAUGGUGGGAUAUGUUCCCCGUAUGCAUUGGGUGGAUGAAACGAAAGGCAAGGAUAAAUACGGAUAUGGUGGAUGGUGGUCUGUUUGGUGGACUGGUACAUAUAGCAUGGUACUCUCAAAGGCUGCCUUCUUCCACAAAAAGUAUCUCAAACUUUACACUGAUGAGAUGCCUGCAUCAAUUAAAGAAUACAUAACCAGGAACAGGAAUUGUGAAGAUAUUGCAAUGUCAUUUCUUGUUGCAAAUGCAACAGGUGCUCCUCCCAUAUGGGUGAAAGGUAAAAUAUUUGAGAUUGGUUCAACUGGAAUUAGCAGCUUGGGAGGUCAUAGUGAAAGAAGAACUCAAUGUCUUAACAAAUUUGUGGCUGAGUUUGGGCGGAUGCCCUUAGUAUCUACUUCUCUCAAGGCUGUCGAUAGCCGCAAUGUUUGGUUUUGGUGAUGCUGGAGGAUCCCUGCGUUUCGAUUUCAAAUUUUCCACUCAUUUCGCUCAAUCAGCGGUUGAAAUAUUCCAACUCUUCUUUUUUGUAUCGAGUUGUAUAAUAUUUUGGAAAUUUUUAUGUAGCUUACAUGUUCUCGAGGACAGAGCUGUAUUGCCCUGCGGCUCUUAUAGCCUGGUUUUCUUGUACUUUUACCAUGUGUAACAGCGUGGCAGUCGCCAUUUGAGAUUACCAUUUAUUCUGAUUUCCGGAUUAAUGUUUUCGGAUCCUAUUGUAGAAACAGAAUUUUAUUCGUCUCUGGUUGGGGAAAUCAUAUGAAAUGUUCCUUCUUUUUCCUUCCA